AUGAAAAUCCUGAAACACGAUUUCGUCUUGAUUGACGACGAACUCAAGUGCAGGUUGCACAAAGUGGUGGAUAUGAAAAUAAAAAUAAAAAAAAACUACCUGAACUUAAUGUUCCUUGUUAAUAAAAAAUAUGGAUCCACAUACACCUACAUAAAUAACAAAUGGAUUCGAUGCAAAAAGAAUAAAAAUAAGUUGGACAUUGAUUUUUAUGGAAAUAUUGAAGGAACAAACAAAGAUAUUUUUCAGCAUAACAAUUCUCAAAAAUUAACGGAAGAAAAUAUUGCAGAAAUGAAAGACAAUAUAUCAGAAAAUCCAUACGAAGUUAUACAAAAGCUAGUUCAUAAUUCUUCCACUUAUAAAAAUAAAACUGUUAUAUCAAAAUUUAAAUAUGUAGAAAAAAAAUUGAAAAGACAUUUAUGCCAAUUUACUGUAUAUGAAUGUAAUGUUGUAAAUUUAAUAAAUUUCUAUUACAAAUAUUUUCCUGAAAAAAUAUCCUCUGUUCGGGUUGAUUAUUUAUCAAAUUUAUUGUUCCAUUUGAAUCGAGAUAUCCUUCUGGGUGGGCAGAGCCCUCAAGGGAGUGAGGAAAGUACGGAAAAAAGUAUUGAAGGGAAUAAUGCAGAAGGCAUUGACGUGAAGGAAGGUAUGGAAAAAAGUAUUGAAGGGAAUAAUGCAGAAGGCAUUGAUGUGAAGGAAGGUAUGGAAAAGAGUAUUGAAGAAACGGGAAAAUUGGAAGGGAAUGCCAUCUCAAAUCACUUAGGCAAAGAAAGUCUCCACACAUUGUCCUCGAAAAAACCGAAUGUAAUAAUUUAUGAUGAUUCAUUCGGUUUAAUGAUAAGCAUACUCAACAUCAUCUAUUCUGAUCAUCUGAAUAUUUUUUCUCUAGUUUAUAAAAAUGCUUCUAAUUCUAUUAUCCCCAGUUUUGGCAUUCCCAAAAGUACCAACGUUGCCAAGGUCAGUAUCCUGCAUGCAUCACACGCUCCACGACUCAACACCGGGCAGUGGCUCGCCAUCGACAGGAACGGCGAUCUCGUUGGAAAGGAUGCAGUACAUGAGGGACCGGGAGUAGUAUCGGAGGAGUUACAAAUGGAAGGAGUGGCCCCAAUGGAGGAAGUGUCUAAAGACGCCCAAGUAGUUAACGUAGCCGAAGUGGCAGCGGCUGAGGAGGGGCAAUCUCACAAAAGGAGAAUAAACCAGGUGGACCACCCCUGUGAUGGAGGGCAGGACUAUGCUCUGAAUCCUCCGAACACCACAAGUGAGCCGAUGAGUAACUCUAUUACUAACCCGGUGGUUGACGCUGUAUCCCCCCCCAACAAGCGUGCAAAGAAUGCCCAGACAGAGGCGGACACCACAGUUGCGCCAGACGAUCAUUCACAGCUACAACAUAUGUUGAUAGACCACAUGAACAACACAGGGGCGGAAUCAUUCGUUGUAAUAAUAUCGAGCGAUUUCAUUUACAACACGAACACAGAUGUACAUCUCCUCAUUGAGACGCUCAUCAAGGUGUCUUUAAAAUUUCUGAAAAAUGAUAGCAAGAUAAUUAUUCACACAGAUGACUUAAACAUAUGCAACAUAUUCUUAAAGGGCCUAAUGACUACCAAUUCCUUUAUAAAUAUGAAGCUCAAUGAAUUUGUUUUAAGAGAGCAACAGGUUGUGAAGCGGCGAACGCAUCCUGUGAUAAAAAACGCCAAAUUGGCCGAUGGGUUUUUGUUAACUGCGCUCAAGGUCGAGGGAGGAACCUAA